GCAUUGCGAAAUCCAAAGUUGUCCCCAAAACACUAAAUCCAACUUCCACUAUUCAUCAAUCCUCUCAAAACCUUCCCCCUUUCAAUCUCCACAUCACUAUUCCAAUGUUCCCAACUUUUUCUCUUACUAUACAUCCACUUUCCUUUAAAAGGAUGAAUGGGCUCCUCUAACUUUCCUCUUUACUCAUAAAUCAUAAUGCAAAAACACACACCACACUACCCUUAACUUCCUUUCUUACCAAAACAAUAAUAACACAUACAUGGAAUUUCCCACUCAUUCCUUCACAAACAUGGGAACAACAACUUCUCAAUUAUCUCUUCCUUAUUCUCACCCUCUCUUCUCUAGCAUUAUCACUCUUUACACUCUAAUCCUCCUCUACUUCCCUCAUAUUUUCCUCAAAAUUAUAUUCUCCCCUCUUUUAAUCUCCACUCUAAUCAUCCUACUAACUCUUUUAAGAUUAGGCGCGUCACAACAACAACUACUACUACAACAACAACACAGGAUAAAUCCUGUGCAGGGUGCAAAUAAUGCACCCCAACAAAACAUUAUUCAAAAUGAUCAUCUUAAGGGUUUAAAACCCGGGCUCGUGCUUGAGCCUGAACUCGAGCACGAGCCCUAUAAUGAAGGAGUAGUGGAAAAUACACAAUGUCAUAAGGACCACGAAACGUGUGGUCCAAGUCAACUAGUAGGGUUUGACUCAACUACCAAACAUGAGCAAGAGAUAAUAAUGAAGGAAAAAGAUUCUUCACUUGAGAGUUGGGCCGGGUUUGAGUGUUUGGGUUGGGCUGAAAAACCCGAACCCGCUUUGGGGACAAAUGUUUUCCUAGAGUGGAACGUGGGUGCGCCACUUGAGGUGAUAUACGAGGCGUUUGAGGGAGAAGAAGAUGGAGGAGAAGCUGAAAACGACGCGUUUUGGAAGGAUCAAGAUGAGGUAUUCAAGGUGGGUAUAAUAGAGAGGUACCCUUCACUUUCCCGGUAUUACCCGGAAUCAGAUUCGGAAUCGGAUUCGGAUUCGGAUAGCUCAUCAUCAAUGUCGUUAGAGGAAGAGGAAGAAGAAGAAGACAGAGGAGAUGAGUUGAUUGAGAUAUGUCUUGAUUAUGGUUAUGUUAAUAAGAAGAUCAUUAAUGAUAUCAUUAUCAAGCCUAAACAAGAUGGUCAACAGGUUGGUGAUCAUAAUUUUGAUGACGAGGAUAAUUUAAUUGAGAUUGAUAUUUCUCCUACCAAGAUUAUGUCUCAUUUUUCUUGGUGAGAAUCGAUACUUUUUUGUUUAAUAUUUUCUUUAAAGGGUGGUCUAAAUUUUGUUGCUAAUUAAGCUUUUUUUUCUUAGUUCGGUAAAAAUAAGUUCAGACAUACAGAGCUUUAGUUUCGUUUAACAUAUCAAUAUACUUCAUAUAUAAGUGAGUUUA